CUAACGGGCCGGGGCUGCGGCGGGGACAGAGCAGCUGGGACCCCGCUCUCGGCUCCCGGCGCCAUGUGAGGGGCUUGGGGUACCGCGGGGGGCCCGGUGCUCCCCGGGGAAGAUGAAGAAAGCAAGGCUCUGCGCAGUCCCAUGGCUUUCCCGAGGCCCCUCAGCCAGAGUGACCUCUCCUCCCUCUCCCCCGGGCCACCUGCAGGACACUGGCCCCUGCCCAAGAGCAGAUGCCGGAAAGAGAUGAGUAGCAACAAAGAGCAGCGGUCAGCACUGUUUGUGGUUCUCUUUGCCCUGGUCACCAUCCUCAUCCUAUACAGCUCUAACAGUGCCAACGAGGUCUUCCAUCACGGCUCCCUGAGCGGCCGCCCCCACCGGCCUGUCAACCUCAAGAAAUGGCGCCUCAGCGAUGGCUACGUCCCCAUUCUUGGCAAUAAGACGCUGCCCUCACGGUGCCACCAGUGUGUGAUUGUCACCAGUUCCAGCCAUCUCCUGGGAACCAAGCUGGGCUCUGAGAUUGAGCGGGCCGAGUGCACCAUUCGCAUGAACGAUGCGCCCACCACAGGCUACUCGGUCGACGUGGGCAACAAGACCACCUUCCGCGUGGUGGCCCACUCCAGCAUCUUCCGUGUGCUGCGGAGGCCCCAGGAGUUUGUCAACCGGACCCCCGAAACCGUGUUCAUCUUCUGGGGCCCUCCCAACAAAAUGCAGAAGCCACAGGGCAGCCUGGUGCGGGUCAUCCAGCGGGCAGGCCUAGUGUUUCCUCACAUGGAGGCCUACACUGUCUCUCCCGGCCGCAUGCGCCAGUUUGACGACCUCUUCAGGGGUGAGACAGGCAAGGACAGGGAAAAGUCCCAUUCGUGGCUGAGCACGGGCUGGUUCACCAUGGUGAUCGCGGUGGAGUUGUGUGACCACGUGCAUGUCUAUGGCAUGGUACCCCCCGAGUACUGCAGCCAGCGGCCCCGCCUGCAGCGCAUGCCCUACCACUACUAUGAGCCCAAGGGGCCCGACGAGUGUGUCACCUACGUCCAGAACGAGCACGGCCGGAAGGGCAACCACCACCGCUUCAUCACCGAGAAGAGGGUCUUCUCGUCCUGGGCCCAGCUCUACGGCAUCACCUUCUCCCACCCGUCCUGGACCUAGACCGCGUGCCAGUGGGGUCGCCCCACCUGGGCCCAAGGAGAAGCCUCUCUCCUCCCCACCCUGCCCUGCCACCCACAAGCCUUGUGCGGGCCUAUCAAAGCUGGCCUGAGUGUCCUCUGGCUAAUUGGCCUUGGAGAGAGGCCAGCCUUCAGCCCAGUGGCACCUAGAGGGAGUCUCUCCUGGCCCAUCAGGGAUGUGGUUCUUCUGGGGUGCCGGGGUUACUUCUUGUUCAGUCAGGGUCUGAGUAUAGUCAAUCAGGGUAUUUCUGAGUAAUCUAAGGCUAAAGACUUGACUUUUUCCAUGAGGCCUUGAGUUCAGAGCUUUGUAGCGGAUCUUCAGAUCACUUCCUAUUAGUUGGGACAGUGGUGGGUCCUAUCUCCAGGAUCUGGGAACUCAGUGUCCCACAGGGACCUACCUAGAGGCCUGGUUGUGGGGAGGAGGCUCAAGAGGUGGGUGAUAGGAACCUGG